AUGGAUCCCAGAUCACUCUACACACAACCAUCUGCCACCCCCGUCCCCGGCAAUCACCAGCCCUCUCAAACCACGCCAGCCACAGCGGACUCGAGCCCGCACUCGCACCAGACACCCAGGCUGGUGCCAUCGUACUUUCACAUCGACCAGCGGGUUUUGCCCGGAUCGUCCUGGACCAGGAUUCACCAUGACAAUACGCCUGCUCAAUCCUCGCACGUCGCCUUCACCACCCAAGGCUCAUCUAUCCCCGCUCGUAUCGGCCAGUCUGGUGUUUCUACGCCCCAUCAUUCUGGUUCUUUUGCGUCCCAUCACCAAGCUCAGACCACAAUCCCCAACCCUACAUCUACCUUGGUCGAUGAGCCCGCUCUCGAACCCCCAUACAUCGGCGAUACUACCGACUCGCGAAUUGGCCAGUCUAACCUCCGGCCGCUCGCAUAUCACAAGUCGCCACCCUUCUCCCCCGCCGCUACGUCCCAUGGGCCAGAUGGAACUCACAGCUAUCAGCCGCCGACAUACCGCUACCGCCCUUACUCUUUGCGAGAGAGGGGCGUGGUGGACAAGGGCAGAGGACGCGCGGUCGAGAAGAGUGAUGGUGUUCACUCGGACGAAGACGAGAGGAAGUCGGAGGAAGAGGAUGGUCCGAGAUACAACUAUGGGUACGGAGGGGCGUCUCAAGGCCGUGCGGUGUCUACUACAGAAGUUUCGGCUUUGAUAGCAUCUGCCGCGCUGUCUCAUAUGCCUAUCCACGAUCGGGCCCAUCGUCCCGCUCAUUCGCCCUCCGCCGAAACUCCCACUCUUCCCCCGAUGAACACCCUACAUCACAACUCUAUCCCUAGAGGCUCCGAUCUACAUUGCCCCCAAGACGCUUGGUCUCAUGGUUGGCACCAGAACUCUUCUCGCGACGAGCCAUACGAAUCUCAUGGGCUGCAUCAGUCGUAUGGCGACCUCUACUCGCAGUCCUUCUACGGCAACAGCUACCCCUACCAAACAGCAGCUGGGUCAAAUACCUCAUCAGCGUCUUAUCAGGCCACCUCUCGCCCAUACCACGAUACCCCGAACCAGUACGACUCGAGAUCCCCAGCAACCAACUCUCUCCACUUCAAAACCAUCCUCGCCUACCAAGCAGUCUUCAGCGCCCUCGUGCAAGAGUGCCAUUACACUGCGCAAACUUUGCACUACACGCCGUUCCAGGAAUAUAUGGCUCGAGCGUGGGAUCAGUACGAGGCUGGUGGGAGGGAGGAUACUGGGCUUUUGGUGGAUCUGUUUGAGAAGGCUGUGAGGGGCGAUGCGGCGGAGCAGGCGGAGCGGGCGGAGCGGGCAAAGCAGCAACUUCAACCGGCCGGAAUGGGGUAUGAAGGGGAUCCGUGGUGUCGAGGCUACCCGGUUCGAGCGGAUAUUUCUGGACGGGAGGCUGCCUAUGGACCGAGCUAUACCGACUAUCAACGUUCUUCUACCACUUCCAGCAAAGACGACCCCAUCACUCUUCUUCGACAAACACCUUUUCGACCCAAUCUCAAUCGCAGCCAAACUAUGGACGACACUCAAGCCCAUCGGCCAAGAUCACCCACACCGCUGAGAUCACGCUACAGCAACUUGGGACCACACCCUCUCGAAGCCGAAGAAGAUGAGCAGGAGCAGACGGGAAGCAAGGAUACAGCAACUAGUCGGCGCCUCAAGAGCCUUGGGAGGAGUAAAGGGCGGGCACUCUCGCUUGGACCUAUGGGUACUUCUCUUGCCCCCACCCCACCACCUCUUACCACCGCUCCAAAACGACGUCGAACUUCCCUACCCCACCCUUCCACCUCUGCCCCAAACCCGAUCAAGCUCCUGGCCAGCCAAUACCCCUUUCGCGACCGCUUCAACUUGGCUUUGAACAAAUUUCAUGCCGAUGGCGACUCUUCGCCUGUAUACUUGGGAGGCGUGAGGGUAAAUACGCUGGAGGAUGCGUUGGGAGGAGGACGAGGGGCGGUGGGAAGGUGGAGCGUAGGAGAAGUGGAGAGGAUUGCGAGGAUGGCGGGAAUGAUGUUGCUGGACGAAGACCCGGACAAGGACGCCGAAGCAGACGACACCUCCAAAAUCGCAGACGACCAGCUCGAAUCGAAGAAUGCGAGGGAGAAGCGCAAGAAUGCUUUCCGCUGGUUCAGAAAGAGCCUCAUUUCAGUCUACGUCGCGAAUGGAGGCAAGGAGGUGUUUGACCGGUGGGAAAGGCAGAUGCAGGGGGUGACUGGGAGGGAGAAGGCGGUGGGGGGGAAGUGGGAUGCGUUUACGGCGGAGGUUGAAGAGAUGUGGGGGAGGGUGACGAGGGAGCUUGCGCAGAGGAAACGAGAUUGA